AUGGCUUCGACUCCUGAAUUCCUGCUGGAUGAUCAAACGGACGAGGAUUUCUUCGACAAACUUGUUGAUGAUUCCUAUUCUCCCAGCGAAGUUCACGUUUCAUCUUCUUCUAAACAGCUGAACUUCGAUGACGGAAGUGAUUCCGAUGACGCCAAAGCUUUUGCGAAUCUCUCCGUCGUUGACGAUUCCGUGGGUGAUGGAGAUGGAACAUCGAAUGAAACUGAGCCGGGGAAAGACGAGGGUGCAAGUAGUUCGGUGGGAAAAGAAGAGCCUUCAUCUAUUGCUCUGGAAGCUGUUCAAUUUAUCAACAGUGAUGCAAAUAAGUUAAGGGAUGAUGUAGUGAGAUCGGGGGUGGAUGUUACGCCUCUAUCUGAAACAGUAGAAGAAAGCAAUAUAAUUGAUGGAUCUGGGAGUCCUGGGGUUAAGGAGGUUGAUUGGGGCUCUUUUUAUGCGGAUUCAUCUGUAAAUGACGGUGGUGGUGGGUUUGGUUCAUACUCUGAUUUCUUCAGUGAGUUGGACGGAACUGCUGGAGAUUUACAGGGAAAAGCGGAGGUAAAUGUGGCCAAUGGAGGAAACUUAGUCGCCAAUGAUACAAAGAAAAUAAGUGUUGGUUUAGAUAAUUCGGUAAGUUCCCAGCAGCAUCAGGGUGAAGUGCACCAGGAUUCUGCAAGUGGGCAAUACGUGGAUAACAGUCAAUCUUGGGAAAAUCUCUACCCUGGAUGGAAAUAUGAUGCAAGUAGUGGCCAAUGGUAUCAAAUUGAUGGUCAUGAUGCAAGCGUGAAUUCACAGGAGAGCUAUGCAAACUCAACGAGUAACUGGGAGAGCGUUGCUUCUAAUGAUAGCUCAGAUGUUACUUAUCUGAGACAGAGCACAACAUCUGCAGUGGCUGGUACAGCUGAGAGUGUGUCUGCUUGGAACCAGGUUUCACAAGUGAGCAAUGGAUAUCCAGAACACAUGGUCUUUGACGCGCAAUAUCCGGGAUGGUACUAUGACACAAUUGCUCAAGAAUGGCGCUCCCUGGACAGCUACAACCAGGCUUCUCAAACAACUGGUCAGGCUAAUAAUCAGCAACUUCAGAAUGGUCAUGCUCAUACAGCUAUGUAUAACAGUAAUAGCGAGAGUAGCGUGUAUGAUGUUCACGAUAAAAAACAGACAUUCAAGGCGCAAGAAUUUGGUAUCCAGAGCCAACACGGAAGUUGGGACCAAUCUUAUUAUGCCAACAAUCAGCAGCAGGCUACAAACAUGUGGCAAUCAGAAAAUGCAGGUAAAGCUGAGGCGGCUGUAACUCCUGCCUCUUUAUCAAACUUUGGAGGAAACCAGCAAGUAAAUAAUAUGUACAGUACAGGACCUGUUGCUGAACAGUUUAAGCCAAAUGAGAUCGGAGUUCAGAGCUUCAUCCCUCAGCAUAUGAAUGUGACUGGUAUCACACAGAAUGAACAGAACUCUGUAAUUGAUGCUCAACAGUCACUUCAGAGAAAUCAGCUUUUCUCCUCAAGUGCAGGAAGAUCAGCUGAUGGACGUCCACCACAUGCACUGGUCAGUUUUGGAUUUGGUGGGAAGCUCAUUGUUAUGAAGAAUAAUGGUGGUUAUCUGCAGAAUUCAUCAUUUGGGAGUCAGAGCUAUCAGAAAUUUUGUAUGCUUAUCAUGGAAGAUGGUACUGGGGGAAGCUCCGUCUCUGUCUUAAACUUGGCGGAAGUUAUUUCUGCGAGUGCCUCUUACUCAAGUCCUAAGGAAGACUCUUUGAGCUACUUCCGUUGUUUGCAUCAACAAUCUCUUCCAGGUCCCUUGGUUGGAGGAAAUGUUGGAAGUAAAGACUUGCAUAAGUGGAUUGAUGAGAGACUUUUGAAUUGUGAGUCUUCCAGCAUGGAUUUUUCAAGAGGGAAGCUUUUAAAGAUGCUUCUUUCUUUGCUCAGAAUAUCUUGUCAGUAUUAUGGGAAACUCCGGUCUCCUUUUGGCACUGAUGCAUUGCAAAAGGAAAUGGAUACUGCAGAAGCAGCAGUCGCUAAACUUUUUGCCUAUGCCAAGAAAGAUGGCAUCCAAAGUGGUGGCUAUGCUCCUUUUGGCCAGUGCUUGCUGCAUUUACCACCUGAAUCACAAAUGCAAGUAACGGCUUCAGAGGUGCAGAAUCUUCUGGCUUCUGGUAGGAAAAUGGAGGCUCUCCAAUGUGCACAAGAAGGUCAUUUAUGGGGACCGGCGCUUGUUAUUGCAGCACAACUUGGGCAACAGUUCUAUGUUGACACUGUGAAACAAAUGGCCCUUCGCCAGCUGGUACCUGGAUCACCUUUACGAACAUUGUGCCUGCUGGUUGCAGGGCAACCUGCUGAAGUGUUCUCCACUGGAAGUACAAGCGAUAUCACUUUUCCUGGUUCCAUGAAUAUGCCUCAACAGCAAACGCAGUUUGGAAGUAGUAGCAUGCUUGACAAUUGGGAAGAGAAUUUGGGUAUAAUAACUGCUAACAGAACCGCAGAUGAUGAGCUUGUGAUUACACAUCUUGGAGAUUGCAUGUGGAAAGAAAGGGGCGAGAUAAUUGCGGCGCAUAUUUGCUAUUUAAUCGCGGAUAAGAACUUUGAUCCAUACUCAGAUGGCGCCAGACUCUGCCUUAUUGGAGCGGAUCAUUGGAAAUAUCCUCGAACUUACGCAAGUCCAGAGGCGAUACAGAGAACAGAGUUAUACGAAUACUCUAAGACGCUGGGAAACUCUCAGUAUAUCUUGCUACCGUUUCAACCAUACAAAAUUAUCUAUGCCCAUAUGCUGGCUGAAGUUGGUAAACUUUCGGCUGCACAGAAGUACUGUCAAGCAGUAUCAAAAUGCCUCAAGACUGGCCGAUCACCUGAAGUGGAAACGUGGAAACAGUUUGUUUCAUCUCUUGAAGAGAGAAUCCGUAUCCACCAACAGGGCGGGUAUACUGUGAAUUUGGCCCCAGCAAAACUUCUUGGCAAUUUUCUUAACUUUAUUGAUAGUACGGCACAUCGUGUUGUUGGGGGCAUGCCACCACCCGCACCACAUUCAACAACUGGAAACCUACAGGCAAAUGAGUAUCAUCAUCAACAGCACGAAGCCACUAAGUUACCAUAUAGCCAAUCGGCUAAUACAAUGUCAUCAUUGAUGGCACCUGCUUCAGUCGAACCUAAACAUGAGUGGGGUGGGAAUGGGAAGACAAUGGCAGUACACUCAAGAAGUGUAUCAGAGCCAGAUUUCGGUAGGACGCCAAUACAGGAUCAGCCUGACCCUUCAAAAGACAAAGCUGCUGAUGGGGUGACAAAGGUGAAAGCAACUGGGAGUGUAACGAGCUCUCGGUUUAGCCGCCUUGGUUUUGGCAUACUGAAGAACACUGUAGGGAGGGUCUUACAAUCUCGGUCAUCUAAAGAGGCAAAACUGGGUGAGGAGAAUCAAUUCUAUUAUGAUGAUAAACUAAAGAGAUGGGUGGAGAGAGGUGCGCCACCCCCAGCUGAGGAAGCUGCACUGCCUCCUCCCCCAACAUUAGGCGCAUUCCAAAACAACUCAUCAGGUUAUGAAAACAAAUCUGACAUGAAGAACGAGAUGUCUCCUCCGUCUAGUGGUGGGAGCUGGAGUAGUGGGAGCCCAACUCCGUCAGAGAAUUCUUCGGGAAUCCCACCAGUCUCACAGGGCUCAAACCAAUUCUCAGCCCGUGGGCGUAUGGGUGUGCGUGCAAGAUACGUUGACACCUUUAAUCAAGGCCGUGCAAACUCCCCGACCAUGUUUCAGUCACCUCCCGUACAAUCUGCUAAACCUCCGAUCCCUGCAAAAGCAAAAUUCUUCAUCCCAGCAGCGCCUGCAUUGUCCGCAAACGACCAGGUAAUGGAAGUUGCUGGUGAAACCAGACAGGAAGAGAACACAGCAGAAGAAGCCUCUGCAGGGGCUCCACCACCACCAAGCCAGUCUUCGUUCCAGUCCCCGACACCAUCUCCGAUGACGAUGCAGAGAUACCCAAGUCUAGACAACAUCAAAAGAAGCGGAUCAGGGAUGAGCCUGAAUGGUGAUCUUCCUCUUUCAGGUUCCAGAAGAACAGCUUCAUGGAGCGGAAGCUUCAACAGCUCGUAUAAGUCUCCAACGAGUUCAUCAACAUUCAAACCAAGCCCACUCAACAGUAGCAGCAGCAGCUUAGGAGAGGAGCUACAGGAAGUGGAACUGUAA